AUGGCAGGGGUUAACUGGAUUUUCGUAUCAGUAGUGAACUGAUAAUGUUGUUGUCGUCCUCUCUUUACGUUUUCUUUCCUCUAGUAUCGGCCUUUGGUAUUGUGUGGGCUUUUACGAUCUUCGAGCGUGUUAAUGUUGAACUCGGACUGGAAUAUUAUGCAGAGAAGGGAGAUCCUUCUACGUUCCUUAAAAUGCCGGCUAAUGCCUCAGUGAACUUGGGCUAUUUACUGGUUGGAUUAUACUGGCUGUGGAAGAUACGUAAAUUAGAAAAGAAGUUGAAAGAUCAAGCAUUCUUCUACUACUUGUUCUCGUGGAUGUCAGUGUUUUAUGCCUUAGUUCAAUUUGGACGGAUUGUGACACAAACGCGUUUGUUCGCUGUGAUUGAUCAAUGGUUUACGCUUCCUUUCUUUGCAUGGCUUGUUUGCUGGAACGAGUUUGUGUAUCGAGGACAAUGGAAUACUGGUCGUUAUCUAUUUAUUAUGCGAAUUUCUGUCUUAAGUUACUUUGCUGUGUUAUUUCACAAUAAGGGCUUUGAAGCAGUUCUCAGUCUUCAUAUCCUUGUUGCCCUGGUUUAUUCUCUGAGGACACAGUUAAAACCCGGUCUAGGGACUGAAACAUCGCUAAUGUCAAUGAUCCUUGCGCUCAUCUGCUGCACUGGGUUUGUCUGUUUAAAACUUGCGGAUCAUCAAUUAGCGCAGUACUCUUUAUUCCAAAGUUUCACUGGCCAUUUUUGGUCUAAGGUUUGUGAUGUUGGACAAAUCCACUUUGUGGCUGACUUUUUUAAAAAUUUGCACAUGCGACCCAAGAAUGAUAAAAGAGUCUCUUAAGUUCUCAGCAAGAUAUGCUGGGAAACUCUUCAAAUGGGCCUAGUGGCUAACCCUUUUAGUAAGAUUUUUCCCAUUAGCCCAAAUGAGAAAUUUCAGCUUGGUUGCUUUGUCACAAAAGAUUUCCAGAGCACAUACAAUGUUGUGAAAGUAGCCUGUUCCUGGCAGAUUCUUUCCAACCCAUUAUUUCACUCAUCCCCACUAACCUAUUUUUAAGUUCACUCCAAACUCACUAGGUAAAUUUUCACAAGUGAUACAAACAGCUUGUAUAGUGAUCAAUCACUAUCUGGGUGAUAACAGAAUACCAACACAUCCUUGUUCACAAGAGACUUGUCAAUCCAGUGGAUACCAACUUGUUUCCAGUGUUUGCACCAUCACAGAGAGGUGUUUACCUAUGGAAGCAUUUACUGUAGAUAUGAUCACUAAAGAUAUUCAUGGCAUCAUGGAAAAAAAAUUAAAGUAAAAAAAAAAAAAACAAGCAGACACAAAUAUUUGAGAGUUAUAUGAAGAAAGUAGUCUUUUAAUGGCUGUUGGGACAUCUACACCAUCUAGUCAAUUUGCUAAUUUUCAUUAAUUGUUAUCAUUGUUUAAAAUACAAUGUAAGACAUCUGUUGCUAAAAAUCCUUAGUUAUCUCAACUCUGAAAGUUUCAUCACUUAACACUGAAAAAACACUCCUAACAUUUCUACACAUUCUACAAUGGUGCUCCUAUUUAACAUCAAUAUAAAAUUUGAAAUAAUUUAGUUGUUGGGAUUCUAUUU